AUGAGCACUGCAAUCGACAACAACCAUGUUCAAGAUCCUUUGGAAGACAUUCUCAAACUCACCGAGGCUGGUGAAGAUCCCACCGAGUUCAGGGAUGAAGGGGCCAAUGUCCCUGUUAAUCCUCAAAAGAACCCUCGCUUUCGCGAUAUGGAAGAGACUGGUGGAUGGGGAGAGCUUCAACGCAAAGAGAUUUACGGCCUAUUGGUUUGUGGAACCCUGAUUGUCAUUUCGGUCGCUGCCAUCUUGUCUUGGAUCUCCUUUUCCACUGCCAAGGAAUCGGAAGUCUCCCGUGAAAGGGCCAAGCUAGAUGCUAUCCUGGGUAUUCUUCAAGAACGAAAUCAUAGUUUCAUUGAGAUGCCAAGUGACAUUAGCUUUUAUGGCAAUGUUGCUGACGACGAAUCCAGUCCAGCCUACCAUCGAGCCAUGAAGUGGUUUCUUUCAGAUACAUAUGACCUUCGUAACGAGUUCUUUCUUCGAUUUGUUCUAUCUUCACUAUAUUUUGACUUGGGUGGGGAGGCUUGGAAGAAUACGACCAAUUGGCUGACAGGUGUCAAGACCUGCGACUGGUUUGGGGUGGAAUGUGACCUUGGAAACAAACAACAUUUCCAAGGACUAAAUCUGGACAACAAUAAUCUCGUGGGAACCUUACCUUCAAUUAUUGGAAUGUUGGGCAAUGUUUCCAAUAUUUGGUUGUCUGAUAACCAAUUAUCGGGAACCAUUCCUGGAACAGCCUUUGCCAAGUUGUCGAAAUUAGCCGUUUUGUUUUUGGACAACAAUCGGCUGUCAGGAAUGGUUCCUGAAAGUCUUUCAAAUCUUGGAAUUCUCUAUGUCCAGGAAAACAACCUCACUGGACCAUGGCCAUUCUGUCGUUUGGUUAGCAACGAGACCAAGAAGUACGAAAGGUAUGGUUUCGACUGUGAUAAGAUCACAUGCUCUGAAGAAUGUUGCGAAGACAUGUCGUGCUACAAAUCUUUCGGGGCGAGAAACCAAUGA